UGUUCGGAUGGAGAAAUGGUUUAACGGUAGUAAAUUGUGGUUAUUCGGAAACCAAGUACAGUUACUUCCGAAACGAACGAGGACCCCAUCUAAAAAUAUGGAACGAUAUGAGAAGAUCAGCAAGUUAGGAGAGGGUAGUUAUGGAAUUGUAUAUAAAUGCAGAAACAGAGAUACUGGAGAAAUAGUAGCCAUUAAGAAGUUUGCGGAAAGUGAAGAGGAUCCUCUCAUUAGAAAAAUAGCACUCAGGGAAAUCAGGCUAUUAAAGAAUUUGAAACACCCCAACCUCGUCAAUCUCAUAGAAGUAUUUCGACGAAAGCGCCGUUUGCAUUUGGUAUUUGAGUAUUGUGAAAGAACUGUUCUCAACGAAUUAGAGAGGUAUCCUAGAGGAUGUCCUGAUAUUCUGACUCAGCAAAUAAUCUGGCAAACUCUGCAUGCAGUAGCUUAUUGUCACCAGCAUGGUUGUGUUCACAGGGACAUCAAACCAGAAAAUAUAUUACUGACAGCAAAUGGGGUAGUGAAAUUAUGUGACUUUGGAUUCGCCAGGAUGUUGAAUCCCGGUGAAAAUUAUACAGAUUAUGUUGCCACAAGAUGGUACAGAGCUCCUGAAUUAUUAGUAGGUGACACACAAUAUGGGACACCAGUAGAUGUUUGGGCAAUAGGUUGUGUUCUAGCAGAACUGAUCAAAGGCGAAGCUCUCUGGCCAGGAAAAUCAGAUGUAGACCAAUUGUUUUUGAUAAGAUGUACUGUGGGGGAUUUUCUUCCAAGGCAUAUGCAAGCAUUCAAAAACAAUGACUUCUUCCAAGGUGUCAUUUUGCCAGUUCCUUCACAAUUUGUACCUCUGGAAGUGAAAAUGCCGUUGUGCAAUAGCACCACAAUUGAUUUUCUCAAGAAAUGUCUAGAUAAAGAUCCUGCCAAGAGAUGGACUUGUGAGAAAUUACUAACACAUAACUAUUUUGAAAAUUUCAACUUCAAAGUAGAUGAAAAUGAUGUACAUAAUAUAGACAAAGUUACUAGGGAAAGGUCAAGGAAUUCGCUGUUGGGAACUUCUUUGCCACAACUGACAGGUUCAAAACCCGUUAGUCCUUCCAAACCAUCUAACAACCAACAGAAAUCGAAAGUUGCCCAUCUACCUACUAUAUGACAGAGGUUUUCGCUGUUCAAGUGAUUUUAUUCAAAUAAUUUUACAAAGUGAAUUAGUAUAUGUGAUUUGUAUGACUAUGGAAAUAAAGUACCAUUGAACA